GGUGCCGAUGCUCACUUCGCCAAAUACAUGGAUCGGUGUUGGGAACGAUAUGUUCAAUGGAUCUGGGAGCAAAAAGACAUCUUUCAACUGAACGUCGACCAAGUGAUCGUUCUUUUAAAAGCAAAUGGCAACAAAGGAAGGUACCUAACAGCAAUAGCCGAUCAAUUAGGCAAAGGGCCAGCCUUCAAAGUGGACGGGGGAUACAUCAAUCCAGAUGACAUAAAAUCCUGCGAGCAUAGAUUCUUGCUCAUUACUAUCCUGAAUACGGCCACACAGAUGUUCGAUUUAAAAUUUACAUAUUACCAUUUUUAUCUCCUAAAGUUGGUUUGCCUCUUCAAGUUAGGUAAGUGCUCAGUUCUCAUUAUUCUCCCUUUGAUCAAAAUAUAUUUCAAUCUUGUGUUUUAUCUCUAGACGAGACAGCAAGUGGAGAGUGUAUCGCUCAUCCCGAAGCAACGAUAUUAGCUGAAGAAUAUUCGAUCUUAU